AUGAAGUACUGGUUACAGUACCACCACCCUCUGGGAUCAGUCGUCAGAAUCUUUCAAGCGAGUCACUCUAGAGUAUCAUUAUUUAACAUGAGUUUUCAGGAUAUUAUAGAACCAGAGAAAGUAGAGGAGGUGUUAUUGUCUCAUUUAAAGGAAAAUAAGAUCUUCCUGAAAGGACCAAAACCGUGGACUAUUCGUUCUUCACUAUUGGGUGGUCGUGGCGUGUUCGCCACCCGAGACAUCAAACAAAAUGAAUUAAUAUUCAUUGAUUCGCCUCUAUUAGUCGGACCUAAAUACAUAGGCAAAUAUUUUGAAAUGUGCGUAUCAUGUUACAAGAACGAAUGCGCAUUAUUUCCGUGCGAUAGAGGUUGUGGCUUGCCAGUUUGCUCGACUCAAUGUGAAAAUUCGCCAAAGCAUGUGAAUUAUGAAUGUGAAUAUCUUAAAUCAUUGGUACCGACUUGCGGCACCGAUUGGUCCCCAAACUUAUUACUGGCUGUGGUACCCAUCCGUGCGCUCUUUCUAACGGAACAACAGCGUAAAUGCUUGGCAACGCUUCAGUCUGAUAAAAAUCUGACUUGUUAUCCCGAGAUCGAACAAUUGAAAAAGAAUGUGACCAAUUCUCCAAGCGAGGAAGAUAUGGAAUUGAUGAAGCAUGUGUGCAGAAUACUUAAUACGAAUUCGUUUGAAACAAUUAUGGUCCACGACAAGGAGCAUUCUGUGAGUUUACGAGGACUUUAUUCUAUCGCCUCGUUCCAAAAUCACUGUUGCGUACCGAAUACAAGACAUCAUUUCGAUGGAGAAUUUCGGAUGUAUGUUAGCGCUGCCCUUCCGAUUGCUGCUGGAGAGGAGAUCACUAGCACUUAUACGAGUUUAUUUUGGGAUACAACAUUACGGCGGAAAUUUUUAAGUAUAACUAAGCACUUCUCCUGCAUGUGCAAAAGAUGCAGUGAUCCUACGGAAUUUAAAUCUAGGCUAGGUGCACUGUUAUGCGCAUCUGACAAAUGUUCCGGAGAGUUAUUACCCCUAGAUCCUCUUAAUAUGACUACUCCUUGGAUUUGUAAUAAAUGUGCCAUAACCCUAAAUCAUCGGCAGAUAUGUUCGAUUCGUUCGGGUAUAGCGGGAAUCAUAAAGGAAGUUUUAUGCAAAACACCACGUGAGAUCUAUAAGUUUUUGCAGAAGGAGCUUUCACUUUUGACUCCAUGGAGUAAUUACUGUAUUGUAGAUAUGAAGUUUCGAAUUGUUUCGUAUUAUGGCAGGAGUGAUGGCGCCAAAUGGGAAGAUUUAAGUGAUACUGAGCUGAAUCUAAAAGCGAAAUUCUGCAAUGAUUUACUUUCUGUACUGGAUGAUUUAAAUUGUGGUGAUUGUAGGAAAAGAGGUCUUAUUUUAUAUGAACUAUAUUGCACAAAUCUUGAGAAAAUAAAACGAUUUAAACAACAACCAAAUAUUGAGGAAGUUGAUGAAAAUCAACGUAUAUUAGAAAAGGCAAUCACUAUACUACAAAACGAUAUUAUUUCGGCUGUUACAUUUGAACAUGAUAAAAACUAUUUUAAACAACCAAUUACUGUAUAAAAGAUAUCGACGAAUAGAACAUAAAAUAUACUUAUAACCGUGUAAUAAAAUAACUUACAGAACAAUAAGAAAAACGUGUAAUUCUUUUAAAAUAAAAUUGUAUCGUUUAGAAAACUGUCAUAUUUUUUAAAAAUAAUGUUCAAUUUUAGUAACUACAAUUUCCAUAAAGGAGACAUAAAGAUUGAAUAAUAUACAAAAAGACAUUUAGUUAUGGAAAAUUAAAGAACUAGAUAUUAAGAAAAACGUAUCAAUUUAAUCUCUUUUUACAUUGCACCCCAGAUGGCUAAAUUGACAGCAAGAAAUAGCUAAAUAGCUGUAUCAGACUAGCAGGUAAUAAAGUGAUGCACUUGUACCCUAUGCUAUAUCGUAUAUGGUAUAAUAGCAAAGUGCAAUUUUGUUGUUUUAUACUGCCUGUUGUAAUAAACA